AUGGAUGGUGUUGUGAAGUUCGUAUGCCUUGUUGGAUUUGUGGUGCUUUUGAGUGUUGCAGGGGUGGAUAGUGCUGGAGAAUGUGGGAAAUCUACUACCCCAGAUAAUGAAGCUAUUAAGCUUGCUCCAUGUGCUUCAGCAGCACAGGAUGAGAAUGCUAGUGUUUCUCAGAGUUGCUGUGCCCAGGUGAAGAAAAUAGGGCAGAAUCCUAGCUGUCUCUGUGCAGUUUUGCUGUCUAACACAGCAAAAAUGGCUGGAGUGAAUCCUCAGAUUGCUGUCACCAUCCCCAAGCGUUGCAACCUGGCUAAUCGCCCUGUUGGUUACAAGUGUGGGCCUUACACUCUGCCUUAA